GCUCGUUCCUGUCCAGCCAUUGGUUGAGGCCGUGGUGGGCGUGGCCUCGCAGGAGCCACGCCCCCUCGUCCUCGUUACCUGCGUCAAAGGCUGAGUGGGCAGCCUUGUGUUUUUGGAUUAGGAGGUUGGCACACCUGUGCCCAGGAGCAACGAUGGACCUGGUCCUGGCCUGGGCCGACAACUUGGUUUUGACGCCAUACGUUUUCCCCGUGACGUGGACAGAAGAUGACCCCCUUCGGCAGCUGCUCAGCCUCUUUGUCGUCACAAACCUCGGGGCGCUGGUCAUUUAUCUGCUGUUUGGCAGCCUGAGCUACUAUUUCAUAUUUGAUCACGAGCUUAAGAAACAUCCACAGUUUCUGGAGAACCAGGUGCAGCGGGAGAUAACGCACACGCUCAAAUCCCUGCCGUGGAUCAGCAUCCCCACCGUUGCCAUCUUCUUCGCUGAAGUCAGAGGCUACAGCAAGCUCUACGAUAACAUUGAAGACUCUCCGUAUGGUUGGUUUGGUGUUGUUUCUAGCAUGUUGUCCUUUCUCUUCUUCACUGAUAUGUGCAUUUAUUGGAUUCAUCGGUUCCUCCAUCAUAAAUUUUUCUAUAAGCGUUUCCACAAACCUCAUCACGCUUGGAAGGUGCCAUCUCCGUUCGCCAGCCACGCUUUCCACCCCGUGGACGGCUUCCUCCAAAGCACCCCGUACCACAUCUACCCCUUCUUCUUCCCUCUGCACAAAGUGACCUACUUGGGCCUCUACAUCGUCGUCAACAUCUGGACCAUCUCCAUCCACGAUGGCAACUAUCGCGUCCCUUCCUUGCUGAAGGAGGUCAUCAACGGCUCGGCCCACCACACCGACCACCACUUGUACUUCGAUUACAAUUACGGCCAGUACUUCACACUCUGGGACCGGAUCGGAGGCUCGUACAAAAACCCUUCCGCCUUUGAGGGCAAAGGGCCCCUCGACACCUUGAAAAAGCUGAAAGAGAGCGAAUCGAAUCAUUCGAGGGAGGAGAAGAUGGCAGGAGACACGAGUAAAGAUAAAUAGCCUCCUCUUCCAAGACGGAAAGGCAUAUGAAUAGCAUUCCUCUCUCCUUGUAGCAUCAGCUGAUGAUGAAACGAAGAUGAUCUCAAAUGAGGACCAGCCUUGGGGAAACAAAAACAGAUGUAUUUCUGCAUAGUGUGUUAAUUUCAACAGUGUUUCUCGCUUGAUACGUUGGAAAUGAAAUCUGACGUCCAUUGGAAUGAAAUUGCGUAAUGCUAACGUUCAGAUUCAUUGUAUAAUCAAUGCCAGUGCUGGGACUCCAUGCUUAACAGUAGUUCAUUCAUAAUUCCAGAAAAAGUUACUGUUGUGAAGUUAGUGGACUAUACUAAGAGGAAGGUCGGAUGAUAGAACUGGAGCCAAGUGUCCAUUUGUAUAUUCUUUGCAGGAUAUGCAUUGGCUGAAGCACACUUGUUGCCUUUAUUGGAUGGGUUGCCUGAUCCCCAAUUGUUCUUUUAAGGAAUUAUAGUUUUAUGUGGGGCACAUAUUGUACGGAUUUUUAAUUGUUUGGUGACUAUUGUGUCACCAAUGUGUUAGAAUGCACACACGUUGGGUAUUUUGCCCAAGAGUGGAAAUACAGAAGUAAAGGAUAGGAACCACAGAUAAUUUUUUGAGAUGCUUCCAUAGUACAUUCAGGAUCUUGCUGGAAGUUCCGAUAUUGCCUUUUGAAAUAUCUGUAUUUCAACCAAGGCAGCCUAGCCGAGGAUUAUAAGAGUUUUUGUGACCCAAAACAGCCAUUUUUCUGUGGGUUGUGCUCCACAAGAUAACGCUUCUGAGCUCUGUUUGAGUUGUUGGUGAUUUAAGUUGAAAAAACAUAAGUAGGGUCUGGGUUGUUGUGUGUUUUUCGGGCUAUAUGUCCAUGUUCCAGAAACAUUCUCUCCUGACGUUUUGCCCACAUCUGUGGCAGGCAUCCUCAGAGGUUGUGAGGUAUAUGGAGAAACUAAGCAAGGAAGGUUUAUGUAUCUGUGGAAGACCCUGAGUGGGGAAAAGAACUCUUAUCUGUUGGAGGCCAGUGUGAAUGUCAUAAAUAAUCACCUCUAUUAGCAUUAAAUGGCCUUCUCAGCUUCACCUCCUGGCCUGGGGAAAACCUUUGUCCAGAGUUGUUAGCUGCCCCUGAUUGAUUCAUGUCUGGAAUUCUUCUGUUUUUAGAGUGUUGCUCCUUAUUUACUGUUUUGAUGUUGGAGUUUUUUUUAAUACUGGUAGCCAGAUUCUGUUCAAUGUUCAAGGCCAUUUAAUGCUAAUUGAGGUGAUUAAUUACAAAAUUCACACUGGCCUCCAACAGACAAGAGUUCUUACUUCCACAGAUAUAUAAACCUUCCUUCCGUAGUUUCUCCAUAUACCUCACAACCACUGAGGAUGCCUGCCAUAGAUGUGGGCAAAACGUCAGGAGAGAAUGCUUCUGGAAAAUGACCAUAUGGCCCGAAAAACACACAACAACCCUGUGAUCCUGGAUAUGAAAGCCUUGGACAACACAUAAGUAAGGUCUCUUGGUAGAGUCAACACCACUGCUUUAUGCUCUGCCCUAUUUGCUCGGUCAAAUCUAUCAGCGCAUUUAUUUCAGUAGGACCUUCGUAGGAACAUCCCAACAGAUUUUCUCAAGCUUUUCGCUUUGUCUCCCUUCUGCUUGUGUCACUUUGAAGCCUCGAAACACCGAAAAACUUAAUUGAAACAGCCAAACAUCCGCUCUGCAGGGCUCUUACUGCUUUGAUAAAGACAAAUGCAUUUCAUCGAGUUCUGGGAGGCAAUGCAAAAAAGAGUUUCUGUUUGAUAAUUAUGUCUUCUGAAGGCUGUUCACGCAAGCAGGCUGCGGAAGCUGUCUUUUAAAAAAUGUUUUCAGGAGAUGAAAGCGUAACUGCGAUUAAUGUUAUGUGCUCUUACAAAAUUAACUGCAGUCAAUGAGACAGAAGGGUGUGUUCUUGUCUUAGAAAACUAUGUGUUUUUAAAAAAAUACAAACUAGAAGGUAGGUAUGAGUUCAUCUAAAAAUGGUAGAGUUGAUACAGUUUGGACCCAUUCAGUGCUUUGGAGUCAUGGGAGUUGUAGUUUUACAACAUUAGUUCUCGACCUGUGGAUCCCAAGAUGUUUUGGUCUUCAAUUCCUAGAAAUCCUAAUAGCUGGUAAACUGGCUGGGAUUUCUGGGAGUUGUAGGCCAAAACAUCUCAGGACCCACAGGUUGAGAAUUACUGUUUUGCAAGGAUUUCACCCUUCUCUACCAAAUAGUGCUUGUAUCUCACCAAACUACAAAUCCCAGGAGUCCAUUGAGCCAUUGCAUUUGAAGUGGUGCAGAACUGCAUUAAUUCUACAGUAUAGAGCCAGAUUGGGUUCUAUUACAUCUGGAACUGUGUUAUUACUCUUCGUGGUAAUUUCACGAGAGCAAAGGCAGGCAACAGGGCACUCCAUGCAUAAUAAUUCUGGAGAGAGUUCUGAAACUUAUAUGUGUGUGUGUCAGGGAUGGUUACUAUAAUGUCACUUAGGUCCUUGGCUUGGGCAACCUCUGCAAAGUACAGAUUAAUUGCACAGAAAGCUCAGCAUGACCCUUAGGAAAUAUUUUCCUGAACUUAGCAUGGAAACAGGAAACUGAAUAACAGCAGAGUAAUUUCUUCCAGGAGUUACCAUAAAGUUGCCCUGGAGGACCUAUAAAAUCCCAAAGCAGCUCUCUAGGAAUGUGCUAGGUCCUCCAACAUGCUUCUAUCCCAAUUUCUGGCACAUUAUAGAAUUGCCUGAAGGGACCUAACAAAUUCCUGGAGAUGAAUGAAACCAUAGAUACCAUUCCCUCCAGAUAUUGUAAAAGAUUUUUCCUUUACAUCAUCAUCUUUCCUGUUCGGGAAAAGUACAUAAGGUCUCCAAUACUGAUUAUAUACGGCUGCUACAAACAAAUAUUUCACCGGAGACUGGACUUCAUUGAGAAGUUGAUUCUCAAGUUUUGGGUUUUUUUGUGUGUGUCAGGAGCAACCGGAGUUGCUCAAGUUUGCAGAUGGAAAUGUGUUGUCAAGAAUUGGGUGGAUAGACUAGCUUGCAAAAGUACCUUCACAGUACACACUUUGUUGCCUGUACAAACUUCCAGAAUAUGUAUGGCUGCUAUGUAGUUCCAUCUUCCAUUUAUGUCCUUAUGGGGAACCCAAUAGAAGACUGAAUUUGGAAUCUUCCAAGUGUUGACUGCCAGCUUUUCACUUCAUUUUUACUCGUAACACAAAAUCACAAUGAGUAACUUUGCCUAGCUUACUGGCCAAGACCUAACGGGAUCCUUCUCUAUCCAACAUGUCCAGAAUUGAGAAUUUUUCCAUUUCUAUCUCCCAUUACAGCCAUUCAUGGUAUGGAAAUACUGCAUUCCCAAACCUCUAGAGAUGGAUAUCAAGGAGCUCACUAGCGGCAGAUCCAUAAGAUGUAUAUCUUUGGAUUCUUUCAUUUACCUUUUUAAAUGCUCCUAUUCUUCAGAGCUGAAGCUACACACCCAUAGAUUGUGUCUGACUCAGAGGAACCAAUGAAAGGAAUUGCUGGUGCCAUAAUUUUAAUUCUUGCCAUAGAACUGUCUGUUGCAUUGCUUUGGAGCAAGUAGGACAAGGAUCAAGAGGAACCCAAUGAAAGGAUCUCAUUUUUCUUCAUAUGGAGGAAUUUCAGAAAUGUGUUUGUGCCAAAGGAAGGCGUUUGCCGAAAGGAUUUGGUCCUAAGCAUCUGGGCCAUCUUGUCUGACUGUUUGAUUUGUCAGGUAUUCAAACUUUAUGAAACGGAGAAAGACAGUUUUGCGUGCUCUUCUUUGUUAAACGAAUCUUAUUUCCAAAUGUAUUGUGGAUAUGGAUUGAUCUCUUUGCCUAUCGUUCAUACUAAUGUGGGGAAAUUUUUGCUGAUAAUUAAAACAAAAUAGAAACUU